GUUUUUCUUUUCUGGUUUCUGUGUCCUGCUCCUGGUAACUUUAUGCUACUGUUUCUUUCUUCUUAUCUCAUGUACAACACAAAUUCGACACUUUUGGGCACUUUUUAUUUUUAGCUAGGAUACAGGACCAGUCGCCUGGAUAUCUCUCAGUAAUUAGGCUACCACAGGUGCUGCAUUUAUGCUCGUUUCUUCCUGUUUCAUUGCUAUGGAUGAUGGAUAGUCUGUUUCAAAGCUUCAAGGAAAAUGAAAAACCGGAAUCACUUUCAGGAGCAAUGCUGAUUAAAACAUGUAACGGUGAAGGAAACAGGAAAAAGAGGGAGCACCAGACUAAAACAGUAAAGAUAAACAAGUGCCAUGGACCAGGUUGACAACAGCCUCAGGCAAAGCAACAUGCUUUUGCAGGCAGGUACGGUUGGAGGCCUGAUAAAGAUUAGCCUUUGUGUGAUAUUAAAACCCCUGGAGCACGUUACUGCUUGUCCACUGCUUACCAGAGACAAUAAACUUCUGAAAGGAUAAAGAUGUCUCCUCUCUAUUCCUGAUGAUAGAUGCUAGAGGGUUUGGCUUCCUUUAUUUUAUUCUGCAUAUGAAGACUAAACUACUGGAAGAGGUGCUUUAGUAUGUUGCAUUUGAAUUCUUUUCUGUAAUUUUUGAAAAAAUGUUCAGUUUGUGUCGAAUCUUUAGCAUGCUGUCAAAUGCAAAAGUGACUUUUUAGUUCUCACCAAAAAAUUAGUUGAAGUGGACUGCUUUCAGAGAAGCAGUUUUUCUGGAUUAAUUGAUUUACAGUUAAGUUACGUGGAACUGGUUGAUUUUAUUUUUAUUUUUUUGUAAGAGCUUGUUUGUGUGGGUGAAGAGCAUGUCAUCAGGAAAUCAAGCAGAUAUAGACCCUCACUCUCGUUUAGUUACUUUACCAGCAGCACCUAUCAGAAAGGGUGUGUGGCACUUUCAGAGUCCUGUUGGGAUUGACUGUAGUACCCCGGAACCUCGCUGUAUUUGGCUUGCCGUAUUGCAAAGAGCAACAGAGAUGGGGCACUCCAGACAUUUAAAGGGGAUAACAAGUAAAAUAUCGAGAAGGGAGGCAUUCAUACGAAAAGACUGCCAUUUGCCAAAGGCAACUGGGCAUAAAGAUGGGACAUCUCUGUCCAAUGAAAAUGUGCAGCUUCCUUCAAGUGAAAGUCUUCCUUGGCCUGGUCCACGUACUGUGGUCCUACAUAAGAAUUCUCAGGGAUUUGGAUUCACACUACGUCACUUCAUAGUAUACCCACCGGAAUCUGCUGUGCAUGCCACCUUCAGGGAUGAAGAGAAUGGCAAUGGAAAAGAAUUUCAGAGAGGACGACUGGAGCCAAUGGACACCAUCUUUGUUAAAAAUGUGAGGGACAAAGGCCCAGCACAUCUGGCAGGCUUAUGCACUGGAGAUAGACUGGUUAAGGUGAAUGGGGAGAGCAUACUGGGAAAGACAUACUCCCAGGUGAUUUCUCUUAUCCAGAACAGUGACAAUGUCCUGGAACUUUCCAUCAUGCCAAAAGAUGAAGAUAUCUUACAGCUGGCCUAUUCUCACGAUGCCUAUCUGAAAGGGAAUGAUCCAUACUGCGGAGAAGCCCAGAACUUGCCUGAUCCACCUCCAGUUUGUUAUCCUCGAAAAACUUAUGCAUCACAGGGGAACCAAAUUCAACUCCAGAAUCAGCUUGAUAACUGGACCUGCUACUCCAGCUCCUCAGGACCAUCCUCACCACUGGAGAACCAUUCUGGGGUGACAAGUCCAGCUGCACAACUGUCUUCAACACAGAGCUGGCAAGAAACACGGAGAACUUCACCUGGGGGGGUGGGUCACUCGAGUCCAGCACAUAGGACUGAGGAAAUUCAGUACGGCAUGACUGCUUCAAGAUUUCCUGUUAAAGUCAAGUCAGUGUAUUCUUCCUCUUCCUCCACAGGGGGAACAUCAGUGACAGGUUUACUGAAUACAUCAGGACAAUUUGUUUCUAACUACCAGAACCAUAUCUCUACAAGCGUUACGCAGAAGUCACGUAAGCAUAGUCAGCCUUGGCUGUCAAGUGAGCAGCAGCAAAAGCAGAAACAAACCAUUGGACUCAGAAACAGUGAGCGUUGCCAACAAGCCCUGUCAGACUGGUAUUAUAGCCAGCUCCCCCGAAAAAAGAGUGAUAGCUACGUCAUGCCACCUCGUUAUCGCAGCUUCUCUCAAGAUCGGCUAGGGGAGGCUCCUCCACUCAGCAGAGGAGGAGGAGGAGGAUGGCCACACAGCGCCUCCCAGGAUACACUUCUGCAGCCAGUAAAUCCUGCAGGAGACCAUUAUUGGUGUGUAUCAAAUAGUCAGGAUGGAGGUAGAAGUCGUUCAGAAAGCCUCCUCAUCAAAAAGUAUGAUCGAUCUGGUCACUCGCUAGAGAUGCUCGACAGAGCUGGGGUGCUUUUCUCACCAUAUUGUGAACGGCCCAACUGGCUAUACAAUGACAUAGGACGAACUGAUGACUUCCAAAGGCCUGCAAACUUGGAAUCUUCCUCUAAGACUAGCAGUAAUAGACAGCAGCAGCCUUUAGCACCCCAACAGCAUAAACUCUACCCCACCCAAGUCAGCGAGUUGCGAAGACUGCCAACACAAAGCACUGAGGACCAACCCAUAGGCUAUCGCAGUUACAGUCCAUCGUUUUACAGAAAAACUGGGCUUCUAAGGCCAACAUGCUCUUUCAGGGACCCUUCAUACACUGACCCACUCCUUACAUGGGCACUAACGCCCAAGUCUAGUCCUCCUGAAAGCACUGAUCUUUCUUCCCAACUCCCAAACGAUAAGGAAAACCUGUGCAGCAUAUCUAAGCUUGAAAUGACCACAGAAUCAGGGCAAGAACAGCCGCUUGCUCCUCAGCAGGAUGUUGUCUUGAGAUCUAAGCCAAUGGCAGGCCGACGCACUACUCAGGGUCUCCGGCACCCUCCAUUUGCUCUUCCAGUGGACAUGCCAGAUCCACCUAUCCAGUCUGGACCCAUGGCUGACAGCAUUUUCCCGCAUAGUGACAGGGCAGCAGUCCCUAAAGGAGCUCGUUCCAGCACAUGUCACCUGCCACCAUUACCUGUUGAGGAUGAUUCUCUCGCAUCAAUUCCCUACAUAGAUGAGCCAACGAGCCCAAGUGCUGAUUUACAGGCAAAGCAUGUUCCAGCGUCCUCUGUGGUAUCCAGUGGGAUAAACUCUGCACCUGUCAUAAUGACAAGUCCUCCUUCACCUACUUUCAGCUUCCCCACCAACAGGCUUGCUUCCUAUGACUGCAGCAGUAUCAAAGCCAGUCGCCGCUCUUCCUAUCUAAAAGCCAUAACACCAGAGCGUUCCAAGUCUUGUGAUGAGGGACUGAAUGCAUUCAGGGAUGAAAACCGAGUCUUCUCGAUAUUGCCAAAACGGGUAAAGAGUUUUUUCACAGAUGGGUCUUUGGAUAGUCUGAGUGCUGCAGAGGAAUGCAGAUCGAAGAGACAUUCCACCUCAGAGCUAACUAAUCUGACUUUUAGCGACGUGCGCAAAGAGGGCUGGCUGCAUUACAAACAGAUCCUAACUGAAAAGGGAAAGAAGGUAGGUGGAGGAAUACGUCAGUGGAAGAGAGUUUACUCCAUUCUCCGUUCCACAUCACUUUUCUUGUACAAAGAUAAACGUGAGGCUGUACUGUUUAAUACAAGCAACUAUGAGUAUGAACAACCACCAAUAAACAUCCGGGGCUGCCUAGUAGACAUUGCAUAUAGUGGAACAAAGCGAAAGCAUGCUCUCAGGUUGACCACACAAGACUUCUGUGAGUAUCUGCUACAGGCUGAAGAUCGAGAUGACAUGCUUGAUUGGAUCAAGGUUAUCCGGGAAAACAGCAAAGCAGAUUGUGAGGAGGCUGGGUUUUCUAGUCAGGCUCUUAUAAAUAAGAAGCUGAAUGAAUACAGGAAGCAAAGCCCAACAGGCAACAAACCAGAUUCCUCCCCAAAGGCAGCACGAAUAAUGUCCACAUUCCUCAGUGCAACUGUGCCACCCCGGUCACCAAAACUGGAUUCUGGAAAUGAUAGCAGUCCCCCUAAGUCUCCUUGGGGCAUUCACAUGAGCAGGAAGCCAAAGAAAUCGGGACCCAAAGUGUUUGGGGUGAGGCUUGAAGACUGUCAGCCAGCAGCUAGCAACAAGUUCAUCCCUUUGGUAGUAGAAUCUUUCUGUAACCUGGUAGAAGAGAUGGGGCUGGAAAACACUGGGAUCUACCGCGUCCCCGGGAGUAAUGCUGCAGUGUCCAGUCUGCAAGAACAACUCAAUAAAGGCACUGAGAUGAAUCCUAAUGAUGAGAAAUGGCAGGAUCCAAAUGUGAUAAGCAGUCUCCUCAAGUCUUUCUUCAGGAAUCUGCCUGAGCCUCUUUUUACAGAUGAUCGAUACAGCGACUUUAUUGAUGCCAAUCGAUUGGAGGAAGCUGGAGAGAGAUUGAAGACCAUGAAAAAACUGAUUCAUGAUCUGCCAGGUCAUUACUAUCAUACCUUGAAAUUUUUGGUUGGUCAUCUGAAAACCGUAGCUGAUCACUCUGAGAAAAACAAGAUGGAGCCACGAAACCUGGCACUAGUGUUUGGACCCACUCUGGUUAGAACCUCCGAAGACAACAUGACAGACAUGGUGACACAUAUGCCAGACCGUUACAAAAUUGUUGAAACAUUAAUACAACAUCAUUCCUGGUUCUUCAAUGAAGAAGUGGGCAAGGAUGAUAAGACUCCAGUUGAUAACGGAGAUACACAACCAGUUCCCAAUAUUGACCAUCUUUUGCCAAACAUUGCCAAAGCUGGAAUAUUAGGAGAAAUUUCAGAUUCAACCAACAGCGACUCAGCUAAAUCAAAGGGAUCUUGGGGAUCAAAGAGAGAUCCAAAGGAGUUCCUGGCCACGUCAAUAAAGUCUGUUGUCAUCAAUAAGAGGAAGAAGCACCGACAUGCAAAAAUAAUUGGCAGUAGCACAGAUGAGGACUCAGAACAUGAGCCAGUUAAAGUCAGCAAUUUCAGGUAUCGUGAUCUAGAAGAGAAGCUAGUCAAACAAACAGAAGUGGAGGAAGAAGAAAAAGCCAAGGGAAAAAGUUUGGAAGCAGAAAGACAAGAAAUAAAUGAGAUAGAAAAUAAGCAAAAAUCAGAAGGAAACCAAUUCCAGGACAGAUCAAAACAUUCUGAACCCAACAGGACUAAGUUUCAGACUGAACUGCUAGACGAGGAUGGGACAUGUAAAACAUGGCAAGCCCCAGAGGAAAGAAUCCAACUGGAUGCUCACUCGAUUGUGUCUGGCUACUCAACCUUGUCCACACUAGGCCGCAGCCUUGCUUCUGAGGUACCAUCUGCAUCUGAGAGCCGUGGAGAUGAGGCUGAUGAUGAGAGAAGUGAGCUAGUCAGUGAAAGUGGCCUUCUUUUAGAAACGGACAAUGAGAGUGGUUUUGCCUCACGCUCUUUGACACAGGAGAGGUGUACAUCUAAAGUGCAUCAAUGCAGCUUCCUCUCCUAUCAGUCCAAACUGUGGGAGGGUAGUAAUUAUAAAACUGUGCAACAGGAGAACGAUGAAGUUCAAACAAGAGAGAGUGAGGUAGCUCGGUCUACCACUCCAUCUUCAUUUUCAUCGUCAUCAACUUCUCAUAAAUUACAUAGCCGGCCAUCUUUCAGCUCGCACAAGCUCAUACAAUGUGACACACUUGCCAGGAAGAAGCUAAAAGACACAAGAGACAAAAGUAAAGUUUGUUCCUUGGACAAGGAACUGAAUAAGGUUGAAGAAAUGGCCUUUCUUGAGAAUCCACAAUAUAGGACUCAGAGAUCUUUACAAAAUGAGACAGACAGCAAGAUUAUGUUCUCCAGAGUUGACGGAGGCCCCAUCAGCCAGGAGAGUCUUAAAGGCGGCCAGCCACGCAAGUCGAAGGGCAAUGACAUACCAUCAAUAUCUAGCAAAAACACACUAACAGAGCAGCUGCGUUUGAAGCUCCUAACCUCCAUGGAUGACAUGUUUGGAGUGGUAAUGCGUAAACCACAUUCACCAGAAACCCGCCGCAAGAAGAAUAAGCGACGCCACACGGUAGUGGUAACUAUCAGAGACAGUAGCAUUCUUGACUCCGAUCUCCAGUAUGAAAAAUUGUCAACAACCUACACCUCCACUGAGGUUCAACCAGCAUUAAGUACCAGCAACAUUAACAUCCAAACAGACCAAGCUAAGCCAGUUCUAGGAAAAGUCGGGCCCACUGGUGGUCAGUCAGUCCUGGCAACUUCUGCUACUUCCUCUUAUUCUGUGACUACAAGUUCUUGUUUGAAUCGCAAUGAGGCACCAGUUUGCACGUCUUCCUCCAGGUUUCAUCAGUAUUUGUAGGUUGGGAGGCUUUGGUUAACUCAAGAAUAUGAGGAGCACCAUUUUGUAUUCAAGGCUCAGCGAACUAUUGCUGGAAAUAGAGGUCACAGAAUUUUUACCUGUUGUCUCUCAAGCUAGAAGCCUGACUGUUCACUUCAAAGUUACAUACCUGUAAGUCUGUGUGGAAGGGUAAUAGUGCCAAUUCUGUGUCGACAAGCACUGGUUAUCAGCUUUAGAUCUUCCUCCGAGUGGCUUCUGUCCCUUACUGCCUAGAAGAGAGUCUCGCUGUCAUUUAGAUAGGACAGUCGAGCACACACUGUGCUACAUAUUUUGUAUUCAUACUGGACAGUUUACCUGCUACGGGAUGUUAUUGUACAGCAUGUGAAGGUAUGGAGUGAGUAGGCGGCGAGCUUACCAAGGCAGUACUUAUUUCCAGAAGUGGCACAGUGGUUCUUGUUUCAUAAUCUAUAAACGGUAAAUCCAAGACAUUGGACACUCUUGGCGCCUAGGCAAGGGUCCUGGGUUAAUAUUAGCAAAUCCUUUUGCAGAUUUUGUAACACUGAAAUGAAGCAUUCCUAAGGUAAUCUUUGUGUUUGUGUGCGUGCGUGCGUGUGUGUGUGUGUGUACAUUUAUAAAUAUACAGUAUAUAAUAUAAACUAUAAAGUAAUUUAGUUUUAUCAUUGUUUACAUGUCACCCCUGAACACAAUUUCCUAUUACAUGGCUACUUGAAAUGUCUCCCUAUUGUUGUUUUUUAUUUAGAUUUAUAUUUUUUGUAAGGAGAUAUACAUCUAUUAUUAAAAUAGUUCAUUCAAGUUUUUAUUUUUAAGAAAAAAAGCUUCUUUCCCUGUUAAAACAAAAUGUGACAGGCUGCCUUGGAUAGCUUUCUAAAGUGCCUGAAAAUAAAUUGUGAACUAAACCCAGGCAAGUGUUUAAAUCAUUAAAGUGUAUUGUCAGUAUUGGGAGCGCGCAGUGGAUUGCAGCUACGCUACUUCAUCCUUUGGAAGUUCAAAGACUCUCCGAUUAGGACGGUCCUACAGCACUGGCCUCCCCGAGUGACUGGUAAUUCAGUCAGAUUUCAGUUCAUUCCAGGAUGCAGGAACUUCAUAAUAUGUACAGCGUCUAUAAAGCUUUUAUUGGGAUGGGAACAAUAAUCCAGCUGUCGGGACGUGUGAGUCAUUUGACUCAGACCAUCGGGGUCCUCAGUCAUUUCUAAUAAAUGUAGCCAACACAGAUGCAUCCUGGAUGACCAACGUCUAUUAAAACUGGACAGAUAACGCGGAAUGCCACGCUUUUGCUCAUUUGUUUCUCAUAUAUAUUUUUUAAUGUAGCUCAGCUCAAUUGCAUUGUAGGAAACGGUAGAGUGCUCUGAUCAGAGAGUGUUCUGGGAGUGUUAGUCUGAGGUCGUGGGCCAUCCAUUUAAUGUUAGAAGUGAAGAAACAAAACUAUGCAACUAGCUGGGAAAGGGGUGAUGGGGUUCUGCUUGCAGGAAGAUGGACAUAACGCACCAUUUCUGAAAUGGAAGAGUUUAGGGCCUCGAAGUGGAAGGACUUCCUCACAGUAAUGUUGUUAUUAUAUAACUGUGUGGCUGUGGGGGGUCGGCAUUCAUCUUAAAAGAAAUUUGUGUAAGAAAAAUCCCCUUAUUGGCCAUUUACUGUCUACCCCGAGACUUGGGAUUAGCGGCCACCUUGAUUGAAUUGCACUUCUUGGAUCUCCGUGGGGACAGCAGGACAAACAAUUGUCAUCCUAAACACAGCAUUGUCCAGGAGGUACAGUGCGAUUGUUCAAGGCUGGGUUAUUUUGGUUUUUUAACAGUCCUGACAUAAUUUAUAUCUCAGAACGAAUGGCAAAGCCUGGCUGAUUGAUGUUUAGAUUUGUACUUGUUUCAGUAACCAUUCAUCAAUAUUUGUAUCUAUUUAUGUACUGUAAAUAAUAUAUUAAAUUGACGACUGACAAGGUGUUUAACUUAACCGACACAGAGACGAGUACAUGUGCAAAUGACGCCAUGAAUGAGGGCCUGUUGACAGCAUAUGCAACUUAACUUGAACCAGAUCUCCUCCUGGGAGAUGUCAGAAAGUGGACGCUCACAAAGCGAGGUAGUGGUCUCGAAUCCCACCCUGAACAUCACAGACAGGGCUGCUCAUCAGUGUAGUUUUACAUCAGGGACCAGACGUUUGGCUUCAUAUUAUCAGUGUUAACAGCGGGUCUGUCCGUUUCUGACUGUGUACCGCUUUAUGAGUCCCCCAUCUUUUUCACCGUCCUUUGUUUUUACUGACGUUACGUCGUCGGUUUCAGUUUUAUUAAAACAUUUGUAGAAGUCAGUCAUUUCUGGAGAGCUCUGUUUAUCACAGUGGCGCACACACUGCAGUCAGAUUGCUUUAGUGACACAUACCCAUAGUCUCCCUACUUUGCUUUAAACUUUCUACAUUUAUAUAAAUUAAAAGCAUAACAAACAGUAUACCUCUGUAACUGCUGACAAGCACACUACCAGAAAACUAUGCAUAUUCCUAAAAGUGAAUUUAGUUAAAAUAAAAAACUGUUGUCGGUUGCUGCUAUACUAAAUAGGUAUUUAACCCUAAGAACAAAUUCUCAACUGCCUAAUGAAACGUUUGCAGAAAAUGUGUUAAUGCUGGUCAGAUUACAUCUUAGAAAACUGGUACUGUGUUUUGUGACAUUUAUGUUUUUAUUUACAGUGUUGUUAAAGAUUUUCUUACAGACUAGUUUGGCUGAAUAUAUUUGAACCAUUCCAUUGGGGCCUUGGACAAGACUGUCAGAUAUCCAAACCAAUGCACAUGUGUGUGUAUACAAUGUGUAUUGAAGUAAAUGUAUGCAAAUAUUUGCUGUAAAGUUUACUUUAGUUUUGUACAUACUGUGUUUAAAGUGUAAUAUAAAAUUUAUGAUGAAAAUGUUGCUAAUAUGAAACUAUUGUAACAGUGCUAAACCAACCUGCAUGAACAAACCCUUACAUGGUUCAGUGCUUUAAAACACCUCUACUCCGAAAACAAAACAAAAAAACUUCUACAUUUGUUGGAAAUAAAUGAAAUUAUAUUGAACCUUUUAAA